CUGUACAUAGGGAGUGAUUUGGAGGUGCAGGCACUGGAAUAGUUUGUUUUACUUAAUUAGGAACCUUUAGGUAAAACAGCACCACAUGAGAGUCUCAAAUAGAUGUGCAGUGUAGAGUUAUAUUCAGUGUAUAUGUGCAGUGUAGAGUUAUAUUCCACAAGUCUACAAGUAGGGAAGGCAUUGAUCUUUUAAGCCUUUUUUGCUUUAAUCACAAGUUCCGAAUAAAUGGCCUCUUUAAAUGAAACAGACCAUUAUUUGCAUAUAUCUCUUGUGUGAGUACUCAGUCUCAAUUGAAAUGAUAGCUGAGCAAAGACAUUUUGAGCAGUGAAUAGGUUGAAUACAGGAAACCAUUAAGUCAGAUGAGGAAAGAAACAGAGGAUGUAACACAUACUGUCGAAAUAGCCCCUUUGUCUUGUGGUAUAAAAUGCAAAAGAGGUCCGAUUUCUAAAUACCUGUUAAACAUGGCACUUCGGAUAUUUACACCUGACGUUUGAUCGCUAUGUCAUGGCAAAUUCCUGGUGUAUUUUGUCUCUCAAGGCAAAUGCAGUAAGCUGUAAUUUGUCUCUUUACAUAUUGUUAAAAAAUAAAAAGUUUUCUCAUACCCUCUUAAUGCGAGAUGAAGCACUGCAAGACCAACAGGAUAAGAAUUCCUACAGGUGUCCAGAGUGUGAGGAUGGCAGAGAUAACAUUCUUAUUCAAUAAACUACCUGUAGUUACCAGAUAGCACACAGUGAGAGGCUUGUAAGACACAUAUUCGGUUUCACUACUGAGAUUCUGUUUCCAAUUUUGAAUUUGUGAGAUUUGCCAUGAUGACUUUCUUUACUUACUUUCGAAGAGAGAGACAGAUUAGCUUUCCUAGUCUGCUGGUCUUAUUAGAGGGACUCUGGGGCUUCGCUGAUCGUCAAUGGCGAAUGGCUACCACGCACUGCUAGUGUCAAACCUGAGCGAAGAUUUGGAGCUCCUCAGGAAGGAUGGAAGAGAGCAGUGACUGCAGUCAGCAUGGCUGUGACAGCCAGGAGUUUGAAGAGAUUGCAAGCAGGAUAUCUGACCUGGACAAAUGGAGGGAAAUCUUCAGCUCUCGUGGGUUGGAAUUAAUUGAUGGAGUUGCACAGAGGCACCAGGAGGGCCGCAAGAGUGAGGAGGAGGCCGAGGAUGCGGCGGGGGGGCCUCCGUCCACUGGCUGCAAGCCGUGCAGGAGUGGUUCCUCUUUAACAGUGCCUUACUCCAUCCCCCAAGCCCUCACUGUCUCCCCCAGCCUGGGCGGCCAGCCCGUCACACUGGAAAUGGCUCUGAAUCUCAGGAAGUUUUUGUUUGGAAGCGCUCUUCACGUCUUCAACUAUGAAUGGAAGAAAUCUUACUUCAAGUUCCGGGAGCCCCACUCAGACCUGUCCUACGCUGUGGAAGCAGAACGAGGCGGGGCCAGAGCCAUCCAGAUGGUGGUUCAGGCCAACAUCAUCAAACACCUGCUCUUCACGAGAAAUCAGGGUGCAGAAAACGGAAACUUGCAAAGGCUGUAUGACGUGGGCGAGAAGGAGCAGGAGAAGGCCCUCGCUGUGGCGCUGACCGAUGCUCUGUGGGCGGCUGGAGAAGGCGUGGGCACCACUGUGUGUCUGGUGACCUCGGACUGCUGCUUCACCCCCAGCGUGGACUACAAAGUGGACAACUUCACCGAGAGGAUGCAGCUGUUUAGCUUCAAUGAGAAAGAAGCCACCUGGUCAUUUAUCUAUGAGCAUAUCCAAUGCUUUAAAGAGGAAGGAAGCCAUGGUGUCAUUCUGUUCCUGUACAGUUUGAUUUUCUCAAGGACACCAGACAGGCUAAGAGACGACCUAGACUUCACCACUCCUCACCUCUUGCAAUUAAGUCUGGGAAACUUUGUGUGUCGGCAGGCGCUGCUGAACCUGAUGCUGACCGGCAGGGCCAGCCCGAACGUGUUCAACGGGGACGUGCAGCACGACGACCAGGGCUGCCUGCUGCCGCAGCCCCUGCGGGGGGUCCUGGCGCGCAGCGACGUGGGAUACCUGCACUGGGACCGGGAGCAGCAGGACCAGGACAAGCUGCCAACGGUCGGCAGUAUGUUGAAAACUCCAAAACUGCCCAUCUGGCUCUGCUGCAUCAAUGGCACCUACAGCGUGCUGUUCAGCACAAACCGGUCUCUCCUGUCCGACUGGAAAGUGGAGCAUCUGUUUGACCUCUGCUUCUACAAUGGUCAGCCAUCACAGAAAAACACAGUCCUGCUCACUAUAGACACUCAUUCUCACCACUGGGAGGAGGAGCGCGGGGUGUCGAAGACUGUGGUCGACCCGGAGAAGAGAUUCCCCUCGGUGGAGAUGACGAUAAGAACGAAGUGGGAAGGAGCGGCCAUCGACUGGAACGGGACUGUCCCGUUUUUCUGACCGCACACUGCCACCUUGUGGCGGUCGCCCGUACUCUCGGCCACCUACAGUAAACAUCUUUUUUAAAACUCUUUUAUUUGAAGAACAAAAAUAGAUCCGAUACAAACAAGAAUACAUAUCACAUAUCGAUGACGCCGUCUGGGGCACAUACUAUAAUACAAUUACACUUUAUGGAAAAAAAAGUUUCAAACAAGGUAAAUAAAGACAAGCUCCGCACAGCUUCCAUGCCUGUACCUUUGGAAAUAGUCUGCAAACACGCCUUUACGUCUAUUGAGGACUGUUCAAACACGGGGCUCUUCCCAGAACAUUUCACUAUACGUAUAUAGUGACGUGCAAGUAUAAUAAGUCAAUUUCAAAGGAUAUUUUCAUAUUAUUUUCAAUGGGAUUAAAAUUUAACAUAACGUCUAUUUCUUUAAAAGCAAUAUCGAUAUUAGCCUCUUUUUUAUACAAGUUUGCAGUCCAGAAAGUUUUUACAACAGGACAUAAUAACCAAAACAAAUGUUGGAUGUUUCAAUGCUACUUUCACAAAAGACACGGUUAUCUGUAUUAAUUUUACAUCUCUGCUCAACAAGGGUCUUUACGAGGUAAGUUCGAUUCACUAUUUUAUAUGAAACCUCCUUAACCUUAUUAGUAAUACAAUAUUUACCUGACAUCGUCCAAGUUUUUUUUUCCAGUCAGUUUCCCAAAUGAGAUAUUCCAAAAUACUUUUAUUGACAGAAUAUUUUCAACUUGCAAAGGGGAUCUUAAAAACGUAUAAUUACACCCAUAACUCAAAAUAUCCUUUCCUUGUAGUCUUUUACAAGCUGUAAAUUGUUCCAGAGCUUCUAAUAGACCAGUGCAAUUCCUUCGACGAGUCAAUACUUCCUGAGGAUCGCAUCAAUUACCAAUACAAUAAUUAAUCAGACUUAAAAGAAAUAUUAUAUCUGUUCACAAAGUUGGUGUAAUUAUACAGUAUAUUUCACCGUCGAUAUCAAUAGUUCAACCCAGUUACCACUUUUAACCCAAAUUACAACCCAAAGAACAAGUUUUUAUUGCUAACCUUUAUAUCUCUAUAUAUCUAUGAGGGGGAAAAUUAUGUUUAUACAUACAGAAAGUGACCGUGUAAGAAGUACUUGUUUAUGGAAACUGGCAAGUUUGAAGGGGAUUUUCCACCAUCAAAGUUACAUUCAAGUAAAAACUCCAUACUCCCUACUUCUUGAAAUAUUAAGUUAGGAAUUAUAUACCACAUACUUUGCUUAUUUUUAAAAAAAUACUGCCUCUAGCAAACUGCACGGGGGUGGAAACGGUUUACUGAUGGAUAUUCCAACGCCGGGUUUAAAAACCGGAGUUUCCCUUGUGCGAUGUGUUAUUUUUAAAAUCAGUGACUAUUCGACUCCGGUGACUAUUGAGCGUAACUGAAAUGCCCUGUUUUUAAAAUAUAUUUGUUUUUGCUUUGGGUAAACAAGUUGUUCAUUGUUUUGAUGUUUUUUGUUUCGCUGUCACACCUCUGUCUUCUAUUUUACGAAUAUGCACAUGGUACUGUUCGUACGGCCGUCUUGCUGCAAUGUCAUGUAAAUGGGAUCAUUAAACUUUCCGUAUCGA